AUGAAUGUGCUCACUCUUGAACCGAUGUUUCUGCUUUAUGCUGCAUUCAAUCAUACUCACUCCUGUGCCACAGAUCGGCAAAACAGCGUGCGCCUGGAUGGAGGGAGGAGCAACUGUUCUGGGAGAGUGGAGAUCAUGUGUGAUACACGCUGGGGCUCGGUGUGUGGUGAUUCCUGGGAUAUAACUGAUGCCAAUGUUGUCUGCAGACAGUUGGGAUGCGGCUUCGCUCUGUCGGCCGGAGGAGGGCACACUGUCCCCCAGGGUAACGAUGUGAUCUGGCAGAAUGCCGUGAAGUGUAAGGGACGUGAAUCCGCUCUGUCUGACUGUCUCUCCCCAGCACGAGCUCAAAGGCACUGCAAUUACAAGGACAUUGCCAAUGUGAUCUGCUCUGGCAGUCUCGUCGAUACCCAGGCCAACAGUGCAGAGAUGGUGAGGCUCAGACUUGAGAAUGGGGGCAGUCCUUGCGCUGGCCAAGGGGAGAUUCACUACAAGGGGCAGUGGGGAACGGUGUAUGGUGAUGAAUGGGACCUGCCAGAUGCUGCAGUUGUGUGUCGGGAGCUGGACUGUGGCACCGUGAUCUCUGCCCCGGGCGGGGCUCACUUUGGACAAGGAUCCGGACCCAUUGUGACCUCGGAUGUGGAGUGCAACGGGACCGAGCGCGCUCUGAAGGAGUGUCAAUCAGAGGAAUGGGAUCACCACCUCUGGUCACACCACAAUGAUGCUGGCGUCAUCUGUUCAGGCCACUUCAAUCCGAGGUUGGUCCAAGGAAGUUCUCAAUGUUUCGGGAGACUGGAGGUCCAGUUUGUUGACACAUGGAAAACAAUGUGUGGUCUUGACUGGGAUUUGAAAACCGCCAAUGUGGUCUGUGCGCAGCUUGAUUGUGGAGUGGCCGUGUCUAUUUCAAGCUCUGCUCAUUCUGGAGGCAGUACCGUGCUCAUGGGUUCUGAGGUUUUUAAAUGUAUGGGCAAUGAGACUCAGCUGAAAAAGUGCCCUCGGUCUUCAGACACUCACCAGGAUUGCAGAGAACACAACAACGUUACCCUGAAAUGUUCUGAUGAAAAUUGGUGGCCAAGACUGGUGAAUGGGGGAAGUCGCUGUGAUGGCCGAGUUGAGGUUUAUUACAAUGGAAGCUGGGGCAGAGUGGAGGACACCCUCUGGGAUCUGAAUGAUUCCCACGUGGUUUGCACACAGCUGGGAUGCGGUCAUGCCUUAGAAACUUAUAAGUCUUCACAGUACGAGGAAAGUGAUAGCCGUCCGUGGGUGUAUGAUAUCCAGUGUCAUGGACAGGAAUCUCAGCUCCGGGAUUGUAGGAUCUCAGGCCCAUUGAAUUCAUCUGUCACCAACAGUAGUGGCGUAGUCAUCCUCUGUUCAGAACAUAUUCAGUUAAGGCUUUCAGAUGGUGGAAGCCCUUGUGCAGGUCGAGUGGAGGUUUACUACAAUGGAACAUGGGGAUCAGUUUGUGACGACUCCUGGGAUAUGAUAGACGCUGAAGUGGUUUGCAAACAACUGGGCUGUGGACACGUCAUGGAUAUGUCACUUCCGUCCUCGGAUGAACCCGGCUCAGGCCCAGUUUGGUUGAAAGAUGUGAAGUGUUCUGGAAAUGAAUCAUUUCUCUGGGAAUGUCCUUCAGCACCAUUGGGUCACCAAGACGAUUGUUCUCAUAAAGAAGAUGUGAGAAUUAUGUGCUCUGAGCACAAGGAGAUGCGGCUGGUGAAUGGAAAGAAUCGCUGUGAGGGGAGAGUGGAAGUGUUCUACAACAAGACGUGGGGAACGGUGUGCUCGGAAAGUCUGGAUUUCCACGAUGCUGCAGUUAUUUGUAAACAGUUGCACUGUGGUUUCCGGUUGGAUGUUUCUUACGACAAUAAAUUAUUCGGAGCAGGAACGGGACCUAUUUGGCUUGAUCGGCAAAACAGCGUGCGCCUGGAUGGAGGGAGGAGCAACUGUUCUGGGAGAGUGGAGAUCAUGUGUGAUACACGCUGGGGCUCGGUGUGUGGUGAUUCCUGGGAUAUAACUGAUGCCAAUGUUGUCUGCAGACAGUUGGGAUGCGGCUUCGCUCUGUCGGCCGGAGGAGGGCACACUGUCCCCCAGGGUAACGAUGUGAUCUGGCAGAAUGCCGUGAAGUGUAAGGGACGUGAAUCCGCUCUGUCUGACUGUCUCUCCCCAGCACGAGCUCAAAGGCACUGCAAUUACAAGGACAUUGCCAAUGUGAUCUGCUCUGAUCGAAUUCAUGGCAAUUACGAUGACAUUGAAACUGAAUCUCAGGAUGGCAAGUCACAAUUGGACAGUGAUCCUGAUGAACCUCUCGCACUGGCAAAUGAUGACAAUGGUUUUUGUUCGCUCAGCAGUCUCGUCGAUACCCAGGCCAACAGUGCAGAGAUGGUGAGGCUCAGACUUGAGAAUGGGGGCAGUCCUUGCGCUGGCCAAGGGGAGAUUCACUACAAGGGGCAGUGGGGAACGGUGUAUGGUGAUGAAUGGGACCUGCCAGAUGCUGCAGUUGUGUGUCGGGAGCUGGACUGUGGCACCGUGAUCUCUGCCCCGGGCGGGGCUCACUUUGGACAAGGAUCCGGACCCAUUGUGACCUCGGAUGUGGAGUGCAACGGGACCGAGCGCGCUCUGAAGGAGUGUCAAUCAGAGGAAUGGGAUCACCACCUCUGGUCACACCACAAUGAUGCUGGCGUCAUCUGUUCAGGCCACUUCAAUCCGAGGUUGGUCCAAGGAAGUUCUCAAUGUUUCGGGAGACUGGAGGUCCAGUUUGUUGACACAUGGAAAACAAUGUGUGGUCUUGACUGGGAUUUGAAAACCGCCAAUGUGGUCUGUGCGCAGCUUGAUUGUGGAGUGGCCGUGUCUAUUUCAAGCUCUGCUCAUUCUGGAGGCAGUACCGUGCUCAUGGGUUCUGAGGUUUUUAAAUGUAUGGGCAAUGAGACUCAGCUGAAAAAGUGCCCUCGGUCUUCAGACACUCACCAGGAUUGCAGAGAACACAACAACGUUACCCUGAAAUGUUCUGAUGAAAAUUGGUGGCCAAGACUGGUGAAUGGGGGAAGUCGCUGUGAUGGCCGAGUUGAGGUUUAUUACAAUGGAAGCUGGGGCAGAGUGGAGGACACCCUCUGGGAUCUGAAUGAUUCCCACGUGGUUUGCACACAGCUGGGAUGCGGUCAUGCCUUAGAAACUUAUAAGUCUUCACAGUACGAGGAAAGUGAUAGCCGUCCGUGGGUGUAUGAUAUCCAGUGUCAUGGACAGGAAUCUCAGCUCCGGGAUUGUAGGAUCUCAGGCCCAUUGAAUUCAUCUGUCACCAACAGUAGUGGCGUAGUCAUCCUCUGUUCAG